AUAUAUAUAUGUAUAUAUAUACAUAUAUAUAUAUAUAUAUAUAUAUAUUAUGAUUAUUAUGAUUAUUUAUUGUGCAUAUAUUUUGCUUUGCAUUAUUUUACUGCAUUACAAUAAUUAGCACACAUGGUUUUCAUCGCACUUGUAAAGUUAUAUUCGAAACUACAAAAAUACUGUCUCCUGUCUUAUGUAGAACAUUAUUCUUUGUUUGAUCUCCUGCAUUUAUUUUUAUACCAUAUUUAAAAACACCUUUACUCAAUUGUAUUAUUAAAGUUGCCCCUAUGUCUGUUACAAUUUGCUUGGUUUGGAUUUUUUUUGAAAGACGUUAAACAAACUAAGUGCAACUUAAGUAUGGUUUAAUUUUGUGGAGUUAGAAGAAUCAAAUAAGCGCUUGAAUAAUGCACUUUGUGUUUUGGCCACUAGAGGGUAUCAAAUUAUUUCCCACUGCAGGAAUCUGCAUCCUCUCAGCAGCCAGUUCCUCCUCCACAAAGAUCAGCAAAAUGCACCACGGUGCUCUGCUGACAAAUGAACUCUUGUAAAUGCAAGCGUCCUCAUCCUCUGAGGGGUGUUGUUCAGACUGCACCCACGUGAGGAUUUUUCGCAGGGCCUGUUGAUGUUUCAGCUCUUUGAUGGCAGAGGUCAGCUCAGCAAGAGCCACAAAACAGACAAACAUUUUUGUCUCAGUAGCGCAGAGGAAUUUGAAUUGUGGCAUUUUUUUAAAAAGUAUUCCGUUAGUCUGCCUGGUUACAUAAAUACAACGGUUUAUGGAUUGGAGAUUAUGGGUUAUAAUUUGAUGCAUUGCCAAUGAGCGAGGAUAAUUUAUGGCUAUUGGUGGAAAAAUGUCAUUCUAUCCUAAAAAAAUGUAACUCUAUAAAUCAAACACAGGGGAAUGAGUAAAUACAACUCACAAUGGGAAAAAAGAAACAAGACGAAGAAAAAGCUAUCUUAGUUUCAUAUAUCACCGAUGGAUAGAUUACAAAAAAAUAUAUAUCACUAGGCAGAGAGAAAAAGACAGCUUUAAAGAAAACCUCUGAUUCCCACAAUGACCAAUAGGAUAAACCCUCCCAGUUUUGAGGAGGGAAGGGGGUGGUGGGGAUUGAAACCAAGGCAGGUCUUACAGUGAGUCAAACACUUUCAAAGUCAGACCACAGACAGUCUCCGCAGCACUAAGAUAUGGGCUUUCUGUGGAGGAGAUCCGGAGAUUCUUUCUAAAAGGUAUAGUUAAAAAAACCUAGGAAGAAACAGUUUAGAGAGAAAGAGAAACGACUUGUCCAGGAAGAUGGAGCACUGAUCGAGUCCACAAUUUAAAAAAAAACAACUUUAUUUGCUAGAGAAGAAAAAGGAGCAAGGAUAAGCCUCAGGAUACCACAGAUUAUGUUGCCAUGGAAACCUGGAAGCGGACGCAAGGACCACUGAAGGUGGACAUCUUCCCUUGACUUGUAUCCUCGACAAGUUACUGUAGCGACCCUGUGGUGAGAGAAUGCUGUGGAGAAUAACAAUCCCAGUCAUACUGGCUGGGGUGCUCUGCAUCACCGCCGAGAACAAAAAGCACCGGCCCCAGGGAUCCAUCCCGUCCCCGCACAAGACCAAAGGGAACUUGUCCACGGUGCGUCACCACCGGCUACUGCAGCAGAGGCCGGAGGUGCUGGCCUCCAGCCGGGAGGCCUUGGUGGUGACGGAGCGCCGGUACCUCCGCAGGGACUGGUGCAAGACCCAACCCCUGCGUCAGACAAUCAGCGAGGAGGGCUGCCGCAGCCGCACCGUGGUCAACCGAUUCUGCUACGGCCAGUGCAACUCCUUCUACAUCCCCCGGCACUCGGGCCCCAACUCGGGCGAGGGCCAGAGCCGAGGCCGAGCCGUGGGCUCCGGGAGGAAAGGCCACAGCAAGGCGCAGGAGCCGUUCCAGUCCUGCUCCUUCUGCAGGCCGCACCGCGUCACCCAGCUCACCGUGCAGCUGGACUGCCCGGACCUGCAGCCCCCGUUCAGACACCGCAAGGUGCAGAGGGUCAAACAGUGCCGCUGCACGUCUGUGGACGUGAGCGGCCACGGGAAGCUGUGAAGGGGGGGAGGGGGGGGGGGACUAAGAAAGGACGCACCGAUCCGUCAGAGGCAGACAUUCACAUAGUUCGGCAAAAGCAAGGAUUGGCUCCGCAGUUGAUUUUUCUGCAUUGUGUUCAAACGAUGAAAUGAUAAAAAAAACACAAAACUAUUAUUGCUAAACAAAGGCUCAACCUUGAUUUAAUCAGAGACUAUCAGCCAUGCUGGCAGGAUGAUGCUGCUGAAAGAGACUGAUUUAAUUGUCCUCAAUAGACUAUUUCUACAUUUGUCAUUUGAUUCCUUUGUGAUGAAGUGCCUCGGAGUUUUAAAACUACAAAACAAAGUGAACUGCUGAUAAUGAAGCCUUUUAAAGCAAUUUCAAACUGUGUAACAUUAUGUUAAUAAUAAUGUUUUCAUGCAAGUGGAUCUACAGUAAUUACAGAGUUUAACGCAAUAUUUUAACCUGUAGGAGAUGGUGUUUUAC